AUGUCUAACAUUAUGCUAAUACUCUUGAGUUUCAUCAUAGCAUACGCAACCUACUACGCAAGUGAAACUGUACAGAGCAUCGUCAUAAUCAUCAACCAGCACAAGAUCCUCCGUCCACGAAGAUUCAAAUUUGGACAGGAUACAGGUACUGACCAGACCCAAUUUUCUGCAACUGAAGAAUUCACGAAGUCUGUCAUGCAUUCACACUCACGAAGUCAUGCGUUCCUACUCAUUCGACAUGAGCGAUUUUUAUUUACCGACCAUCAAAGCAUUCAAGGUUUGAUCACGCAUUCAAGGUUUGAUCACGUACGUAUACAUAGAUUCAAUUGUGAGUUGUUCAUCAGUGCUUCAGUCUGAGAUCUUCCAGUUCCAUCUAUUCCAUUUACCUGAGCUUCAACAUAUAUCUCUGUCUACAACUAUGUCCUCGCAAUCUAGCUUUCUCAUCAUGUAUCAGUUGUUUAUGUUCAUGGUUCACAGAUCUUCUCGUUCAUCUUCAUACUGCGACUUCCUAACAUUUCCACACUUUUUUUCUCCACGUGUAAUGCAUGACAAUAUUAAUUCGUUCCCACACUUCUUCCGAUUUCAUCUAUUUUUGUACAGUCUUAAUUCCAUCUUACUAGCAUGAGCCAUAUAGGAUCAAAAUACACAAGAUUUAAGAUCCGAAGGAUUAAAACAAGACCAACAUCCGACCUAAUUGAACAAAUAGAAAUGGCAUGAGAAAAUACUCGACUCCUACGUUCCAAGUGCGACAAAGUAGAUUGACAUAAAUUUAUCUUAUACAUGCCGCAACCAUUCUGCGAACAAAGUGAACCGUAAUCAUACUUCGUCUAUUCUUCAAAGAGAACGGCGCAUACAACAUGAAUUUCUGACAUGAAUUUCUGACAUGUUUGACAAAUUGCAACGAAGAAGAUGCUGAAUGAAAGGCGAAGACCCAAGUUUACAACUUCCAGCAACUUCCUUCUGUACUCAAUCUGACACAUCAUGGACAGAGUAUUCAUUGUUGCAGAGUUCAAAGAACCCCCGACACGUCUGUUUAAGCGACUCCCUUGUGAAUUAGUUGCAAGACUGACAUACUUAAGCUUAUACUUGUAAAGAACCCACAUGGACAACUACUGCAGAGAAGCAACCCAAUGACAACCAAAAUGACCCAGACACGCCCCACUGUAUAUAUGUUGACUGGAAUACUUGUAUAAAUUGGUAGUUCCACCAAAGCAAG